AUGCUGGACAGACAAGAAUGCUGGACAGACAAGAAUGCUGGACAGACAAGAAUGCUGGACAGACAAGAAUGCUGGACAGACAAGAAUGCUGGACAGACAAGAAUGCUGGACAGACAUGAAUGCUGGACAGAUAUGAAUGCUGGACAGACAAGAAUGCUGGACAGACAAGAAUGCUGGACAGACAAGAAUGCUGGACAGACAAGAAUGCUGGACAGACAAGAAUGCUGGACAGACAAGAAUGCUGGACAGACAAGAAUGCUGGACAGACAAGAAUGCUGGACAGACAAGAAUGCUGGACAGACAAGAAUGCUGGACAGACAAGAAUGCUGGACAGACAAGAAUGCUGGACAGACAAGAAUGCUGGACAGACAAGAAUGCUGGACAGACAAGAAUGCUGGACAGACAAGAAUGCUGGACAGACAAGAAUGCUGGACAGACAAGAAUGCUGGACAGACAAGAAUGCUGGACAGACAAGAAUGCUGGACAGACAAGAAUGCUGGACAGACAAGAAUGCUGGACAGACAAGAACGCAGGGAAUGCAGGAUUGAAAAGGAGGAGGGGCUGA